GCGGCCUCAGUACCAGCGACAGCGUACCGGUCACGACUAUGAGGGCGCCCUGCCAGAUGUCCGGGGAGAAAGAAGAGGUCCAGGAGGAGGAGGUGGCGGCGUGCCGGGGUCUUGCAGGAGUCCCGGACGCCGAGAAGGGAUCGGAUGUGGAUUUGGGCUCUGACCUAGAGACGGAAGGCACGCAUGGAAUAAAGGUCAAGGACACCCUCUACCUGAGAUCCUGCCAGGCCCGCAGAGUUAUGCCUGUCUCCUGCUUUCUGCGCCAAGGGAAGGCCCUGGAGCUGAACCUGCAGCACUGUGGCCUGGGGCCCCAGGGGGCCAAGGCUCUGGCCUCUGCACUGACCUCCAAUCCCUGUGUCAAGCAGCUGAACCUUCCAGACAACGGGCUCUGUGGGGCCAGUGUGGAGGCCCUGGCAGGUGCCCUGAGCAAAAGCAGCAGCAUCUGUUCUGUGGACCUGUCGGAGAACCGGCUGGGAGCGAGCGGAGCCCAGGCUGUUCAUGCCACAGGGAACAGACUGGAGGAGCAGCUGAAACCUUUGGACCUGAGCUAUAACCAGCUGAAUGACCAAGCAGGAGAGAUGCUCAGACCAGCCUUAGCAGAAAGACUCACUGAACUGAAUUUAAGCUGGAAUCACCUUUGAGGCCCAGGAGCUGUAGCCUUUGCCGGGGGCCUGAAGGCAAACGCUUUCCUGAGGGCCCAGGACCUCUCACCCAACGGCUUCAGAGAUCCUGGGGCCUCUGCAGUAGGUGAGGCACUUACCAACAACAUGUUGGAGAAACUCAGUAUGAGCAGCAGCUGCAUCUCUGCGGUGGGAGCGCGGAGCCUGCGCCGGUGCCUCUGGGCCAACGAAACGCUGAGGAUUCUUGCUGUGUCCAGGAAUCCCAUGAGAAGUGAAGGCUGCUUCGGCAUUCUCAAGUCUGUUCAGGACAAUCCAGUGUCUGUCCUAGAACUGCUGGACUUCUCUGAUAUCGAGGUGAACAAAGAGUUGAACGACUUCGCUAGCUCAGUGGAGGGAAUUCUUCCCGGACUUUGCAUAAAGACCACAGACAGAGUGGAGUACAAGGAACAGUUACUGCCAGCCUUCAGACCAUCCCCACGGGGGUCUACCCCUAAAUGA